AUGGAUCACAAUGUCAACAUCUACAACACUUCGGUGAUCCCACCACCACACGGUCAGAUCUCAAACUUUGAUAGGUCCCUGUCUGGCGUGCAGCUGGCAACGAUAGUUGUAUUUGCAGUAACCUUCUUUUUGGCGACGUUUACACUCGCUCUUCGCUAUGUUACCAGUGUCUUGGUUGUCAAAGAAUGGGAGUUGGAUGUUGUUCUGAUUACUCUAUCAUGGGGAACCGCCCUGGGAUACUUCGUCUCUGUCUCCUUUAUGAUGAAGUACGGAUGGGGCUCACAUGCUUGGGAUGUUUCACUCGCCGAUUUGGUGAACUACAACAAGGUACGGCAUGCUUUCCCAGGUGGGUUGCAUAAAAACCGGUACUGA